AUGUUUCUCUUCUCACCCAUCGACGUCCGAUCACAAGUCCAAAGCUUACUUUCCAUCGUUGAGGCCACUGGGAGCUGGAAUUACCCGUGUGGCUACAUCAGUCACGCUCAUUGGUCCAGUCUCUUGAACAUUAUAGCACUUUUUUUUUUCCUUUUUUUUUCCUAUCCGAUUUUUAUUUCCAUUGUAUCCUAUUCUUUGGACUCCUGUCCGUGUAUAUAUUUUUUUCAAUUAUCUCCUUCCUCUUCUUCUUCCUUGACUUCUUUUUCUUCUUUUUCUUCUUCUUUGACUUUUCUUCUUCUUUUUCUUGUUUUUCCUUCUUGUUCUUCUUUUUCUUUUUCUUCUUCCUUGUCUUCUUCUUCCUUGUCUUCUUCUUCUUCUUCUUCUUCUUAUUAUUAUUAUUAUUAUUAUUAUUGUCUUUUCUUCAUCUUCUUCUUCUUCUUCCUUGUCUUCUUCUUUGUCUUUUCUUCUUCUUUUCUUCUACUUCUUCCUUGUCUUCUUUUUCUUCUUCUUCUUCUUCAUCUUUUCUUCUUCUUCACCUUUUCUUCUUCUUCUUCUUCUUUGUCUCUUCUUCUUCUUCUUUUUCUUGUUAUUCCUUCUUGUUCUUUUUCUUCUUCUUCUUCCUUUUCUUCUUCUUCUUCUUCUUCUUCUUCUUAUUAUUAUUAUUAUUAUUUGUCUUUUCUUCACCUUCUUCUUCUUCCUUGUCUUCUUCUUCUUCUUCUUUAUCUUUUCUUCUUCUUUUCUUCUACUUCUUCCUUGUCUUCUUUUUCUUCUUCUUCUUUAUCUUUUCUUCUUCUUCUUUACCUUUUCUUCUUCUUCUACCUCUACAACUAUCAUUACUCUGGAGGUACCUAUUAUCUAACUAUAUUUAUAUAUCACUUUUUUUUCUUUCCUUCUUUCCUUCCUUCCUUCCUUCCGUCUAUCUAUCUAUCUAUCUAUCUAUCUAUCUAUCUAUCUAUCUAUCUAUCUCUAUCACUUUUCUUCCAAUUCAUCUGGGAAUUGAACUAUAUCUAUCUAUCUAUCACCUUUUCUUAUCGAUCUAUCUAUCUAUCUAUCUAUCUCAAUUUGUUCCCAUCUAUAUAUCUGCGGAUGUGCGUGUUUUGA